UGGGUGUCGAAUGGGGCGGUGAGGCCGAGACUGAACCAGGAGACGGAAGGAGUAAAGCACACCUAUUCCAGAGAGAAGUUGGUGUUCAUGAAUUUGAAAAGAAUUGACUUGUCUACAGAUACUGAGUGUUCCUCCUUUUUGGGGUCUGCCUAAUUUUCUGAUUUUAUCUUGAUUGGGACCCAUGUUAGAUACUGUCCUUUGGAUUAAAACGCUGAUGAGAUUAUCAACAGCAUUAAAAGAGAAUUCAUCAAAAUGAUGCAUUUCCUGGAAAGAGAAAGAUGCUCUGAACUCUGGAGUGUUAUGGCAGUGUCCUCAGUGGAUAUUUGGCUUCACUGGGUUUUCCGUCUAUUUGGUUCUGAAAAAGGAAUGGAAGAAAUCGAAGCAACUGUGUAAAUAUGUGGGCAUACGUGGGCAAUGCACAUAAAUAGAGAAAGAUGAAGGAGAUAGGAUGGAGUCUUGAGAUCUUCCAACAGUAUCAUUUGAGAAGUCCUUGCUCUGCUUCCUGUUGCUUGGACUGUGUAUAAAUGAAAACCCAGACUACAGUUGGCAGCUGAACUAAUUACAAUGGAAUCUCGGGAAUCAGUGACCUUCGAGGAUAUAGCUGUGGACUUCACCCAGGAAGAGUGGGCCCUCCUGGACACCUCCCAGAGAAAGCUGUUCAGAGAUGUGAUGCUGGAGAACAUCAGUCAUCUGGUCUCAGUUGGUAAUCAGCUUUACAAACCAGAUGUGAUUUCCCAUUUGGAGCAAGGAGAGCAACUUUCAAGAGAAGAGUUAGGCUUCCUGCAAGGUCAGAGUCCAGUCAUUUCAGAUAGAGAAGAUGAUCUGAAAAAACAAGAAAUGUUACCCAUGCAGCAUGUCUGCAAGAAGAACACACCUCUAAUUAGUGCAAUGCAGAGGUCUCACAGCCAAGAGGAUCCUUUGGAAUGCAACAAUUUCGGAGAAAAAUUUGCUGAAAUCUUACCAUUGACUCAGUAUGUAAUACCUCAAGUGGGAAAGAAACCCAUUAUUAGCCAAGAUGUUGGAAAAGCCAUCCGUUACUUGCCAUCCUUUAACAUACAGAAGCAGAUUCGUUCUAGAAGUAAAUCAUAUGAAUGUCAUCAACGAAGGAAUGCCUUUAUUCAAAGUCCUGCCCAUAGACAACACAGUAAUACUCAGACUGGAGAGAAAGCAUUUGAAUGUCAUGUAUGUAGGAAAGCCUUCUGUAAAAGUUCUAACCUUAGACGACAUGAGAUGAUUCACACUGGAGUGAAACCACAUGGAUGUCAUCUUUGUGGAAAAUCCUUCACUCAUUGUUCUGACCUUAGAAAACAUGAAAGAGUUCACACUGGAGAGAAACUAUAUGGCUGUCAUCUGUGUGGCAAAGCCUUCAGUAAAAGUUAUAAUCUUAGGCGACAUGAGGUGAUUCACACCAGAGAGAAACCAAAUGAAUGUCAUCUGUGUGGGAAAGCAUUUGCUCAUUGUUCUGACCUUAGAAAACAUGAGAGAACUCACUUUGGGGAGAAACCAUAUGGAUGCCACCUGUGUGGGAAGACUUUCAGUAAAACUUCUUACCUCAGACAACAUGAGAGAACUCACAACGGAGAGAAACCAUAUGGAUGUCAUCUAUGUGGGAAGGCCUUCACUCAUUGUUCUCACCUUAGAAAACAUGAGAGAACUCACACUGGAGAGAAGCCAUAUGAAUGCCAUCUAUGUGGAAAAGCCUUCACUGAGUCUUCUGUCCUUAGACGACAUGAGAGAACUCACACUGGAGAGAAGCCAUAUGAAUGUCACCUGUGUUGGAAAGCCUUCACUGAUUCUUCUGUCCUUAAGCGACAUGAAAGAACUCACACUGGAGAGAAACCAUAUGAAUGUCACCUAUGUGGGAAAGCCUUCAAUCACUCUUCUGUCCUUAGACGACAUGAAAGAACUCACACGGGUGAGAAACCAUAUGAAUGCAAUAUAUGUGGUAAAGCCUUCAAUAGGAGUUAUAACUUUAGAUUGCAUAAGAGAAUUCACACUGGAGAGAAACCAUAUAAAUGUUACCUAUGUGGAAAAGCCUUCAGUAAAUAUUUUAACCUCAGACAACACGAGAACUCAUGCUGUAAAGUUAAUAAAUGAAGAUUCACCACCCAUACCUUCAAAGUAUAAACACUCUUGAGGACUCACACAGUGAAGAAAUACUGUGUUUAUUUUCAAUGUAUAAGAGCCUUUAUUCAUCCUUACUAAUUAACGAACAUUAAUUCACAGUAGAUGGAAUCCAUAUGUAUGUCACCUGUGUAACAAAACCUUUAGCAGUGGACUCAUGGGAGAACAAACUGUAAGUGGAAUAAAUGUGGAGGAAUCUUCAUCCUCAGCUGGAAUGUUAAGCAGAUAAAUCACAUGUCAGAGAAAUUCCAAUAAUAUAUCUGUAAUUAGUGUAUAAAUACCUUCAGUUAUAAGUUAUCCUUUAAAUAAAUAAACCACAGAGGAGAGAGACUCUAGACCUGUAAUCACUGUGCACGUGUCUAACUUAGCACCACUCUUGGCACGCAUCUGAAGAUCCAGUGUCAGGUAACUGCUAGUGGAAACAAUCGGAAGGCAUUUGGAGUAUCCCCUUCUGGAAUGCCUGACAUACAUACACUAAUUCAUGUGAUGACAAAAGUGCUGCCCCUCAUAGUGAUGCAUGAAACACCCAGAAAGCAGGGGGAGCAGAAGCAGCCAUGGUCCCCUGAUCUUGCCCAUAUUGCCCUGUCAACACCCAUGAAUCCACAAAUCCCCAACUGGGAGUGAGACCCAGGAGUCCCAGCCCCUACCGUACUUGAACACAGGAGGCUCAGAGAGGGGAAGGUGGAGCUUCCUUCCACCAGGGUAACAAGAAGGCCUGGGCCUUGGUACCCAUUUGAACAUGACUAGUACCCAUGUUUCACAGGUGGCAAAACGGAGAACACAGAUGUUUGUAAUUAAUUUAUCCCAUGUUUUUCUGGGAUAUACAUAUGAACUCAAAGGGAUGGAAAACAUACUCCACAUAAAUGGAAGUAAUAAGAGCAGAGGUAGCCAUGUUUACAUCAGACAGGGACUAAUUCAAAACUGAGUUCAUCAAGAGGAUAUGUAAUAUUUGUAAAUAUGUCAUACAAUGUAACACCCAGACUAAAGUGCAGAAGAUACCUUAUAGUGAUCAUAUAGAGGAAGCAUUCCAAAAUAAAGGGACAUAAGAUGAAGGAAAGGUUUCUAUUUUAUUGUAUUGUAUAAAAAAGAUAACAAAUGAAUCAGA